AUCAUCCAUGAAGCGGUAGUGCCAUCUGGCGGGAGAAUCAUGUUUAGCGAAUUCUUAUAUACAUAAAACAAACAGUGAAGUAAAAGUUUGAAAUGGAUUGAGUUUUUUUAUAUUUUUUUUUCGUUUUAAGGACUAUUUAGUGAUAAUAAACUAAACUGCCAAAAUGGGGAACGGUUUGUGUGUUGAGACGGGCAGUAAUAUGACCAUUUUUGACUGGUUAGACCAUGUGUUAGGUACUGCCGGUCAAGCUGUCGGAAUACGAGGUACAUACGACGAUGAUUUCAUCGAUAGAUUAAAUCACAAAUAUACUGUGAUGUUAUUAGUGAUAUUUACGGUAAUAGUGAGCACGAGUCAAUAUGUCGGCGAUCCUAUCGAAUGUUGGUGUCCGACAGACUUCACGGAAAAUCGAGUCGAUUAUACAAAUUUCGUAUGCUGGGUUUCGAAUACUUAUUAUAUUCCUAUGCAGAAUCAAAUCCCUGCUCAGUACGACCAACGUAGAGAACAGGAACUCACAUAUUAUCAAUGGGUUCCACUUAUUCUUCUUGUUUGCUCAAUGUUUUACAAGGUACCGAGAUUAAUAUAUAAAGUUCUUAAUUCAUAUUCCGGGAUCAGCAUAGAUAAAAUUAACGGGAUGGCACGUGAUACACAAUACCUUGCACCGGAGGAGCGUGAAAAAAAAUUGAAGCAUAUAUCCAAAUACAUGGGACAGUGGUUGAAAUCUGCCUCACCACAUAGGGCCGGUCUUUGUCCGAACCUGCGUACGCAGAUAGGAAACGUCUGUUUCUUUCUUUGCGGACGUCAUUUUGGAAAUUAUCUAACAACAGUGGCUAUGGUAUACAAGAUAUUAUUUUUGGUAAACUCAAUUGUAAUGAUGUAUUUGAUGAAUUCAUUUAUGGGAUCAAAAUACAGUGUAUACGGAUUUGAAGUUCUAAAUUCGCUCUAUGAAGGAGAAGAUUGGACCUAUUCUCCUAGAUUUCCGCGUGUUACGCUCUGUGAUUUUGAAAUUCGUCAGAUGACAAAUUUACAACGAUGGACUGUACAAUGUGUGCUUCCGGUAAAUCUUUUCAACGAAAAAAUAUUUAUAUUUCUGUGGUUUUGGAUGGUUUUUAUUGCCAUUGCAAAUGGUUUCGGUUGUUUGACUAAUCUGUAUGGAUAUCUUUUGCCUCAUCAUAGGCGUUCAUACAUACGAAAAUAUCUUAAAAUCAACGAUCUUCACAAAAAGACUGAUUCUGAUAGACGAAUCAGAGCAGACUUUGUAAAGGACUUCUUGAAACAGGAUGGUAUUUUCGUAUUACGUCAAAUAAGUAACAAUGCCAAUGACGUGAUAGCUUCAGAGGUCAUCAAAUAUUUGUACCGAGAUUUCUUAGAAAGAUAUAAACAAAGUGCAGACGACAACAGUAACAUUGAAAAUGCAGAUUCAGUGUGAUUUAAUCAAAUUUACUAGAUGAAAACAAGAUUGAUUCCACAUGAUAUAACUAGGUGAGAAAUAUCUCACUAACAGAAUGCCGUCCCGUUUAAGAGUAUGUCCGGUGACUUGACUCAUACGAUUGUGCCUUACAAGAAGCAUGUACAAUAACAUUCAUGAUUAUAAGAGUGUUGAAUUGGUAUGAUUGGUGCACUCGAAUGAUGGGACCAGAUUUCAACCGCUAUGAAGCAAAAUAAUAUUUGGAGGGAAAAGAUUUGUCUGUGUUUUGUUUGCUCAUAUAUUUGUUUAUCUCUUUCUUUUUUAACUAUUUUAUGUUCAUAAUCAGUUCAGUUUUUAUUUUUAAUUAUGGGCAAUUAGGGGGAGUUCAUUAUCGGUGGAACUAUAUUAGUUCCAGGUUUUUAAUCAUAAGCAUGGUCAAUGCCAAAACAUUGUUGCAGCAAUUAAACUAUGCAUCAUUGAAAAAUUGUCAUGAGUAGCGAGAAAGCAGCAUGACUUAUAUUCUAUGAUAAACAUUUACCCAUUUCAUUUAAAAUGAUACAGAGUAGUUGAUUUAACUAGUGUGCCAAAACAAAUUCAUUUACUUUUUCUACAUUGGCUAGAGGUAUAGGGGGAUGGUUGAGAUCUCAUAAACAUGUUUAACCCCGCCGCAAUUUUGCGCCAGUUCCAAGUCAGGUUCCUCUGGCCUUUGUUAGUCUUGUAUUAAUUUUAAUUUUAGUUUCUUGUGUACAAUUCGGAGUUUAGUAUGACGUCCAAUGUCAGUGUACGAGUAUACAUAUUUUUAGGGGCCAGCUGAAGGACACCUAUACGGGUGCGGAAAUUCUCGCUACAUUGAACACUCAUUGGUGGCCUUCGGCUGUUGUCUGCUCUAUGAUCGGGUUGUUGUCGCUUUGACACAUUCUCCAUUCCCUUUCUCAAUUUUAUAAUGAUAUUGCAUCUCAAGUAAGAGAUUAGUAAUUAGCAUCAAAUUUAUAUAUCAACAUAAAAAUUUCCUCUGCUCGAGUACAGCCGAAGCGGGUGGGUAAUAUAAUACUAUUGUGAAACAAGGCUUGAUUACGUAUAUGGCACUUGAAUAUAGUAAACGUUUAGUUGGUGAAAACAAUUUUAUAAACCAAGGCUCCACUCCAAAAUUUCAGUAGUUAUUGAUUGUCCCUUAAGUCGGAAUAUCAUGCUCAGUAUAUUUAGACAAUCGCAUGAAAUUGUAAAGAAAUUGCUAAUUGAAUAUUGUGACAUCUGUCUUAAAAUGGAAUAGAAACAUGCAAGUUUGUCCAAAAACCAACCAUUUAAAUAAUAAUAUAAGUACAACGAUUAAUGUAUGUUAUGUGCACAUACUUACGUACAUUUUUAUUCCAUUUUUGUUCUAUAUAUAAAUAUAUAUUUUGUUUUUAAUACAAUUAGUUAGAAAAUAAGGUUGUGAACUAGAUUAUGAUUGAAUGGAUCAGUGUUUAUCAGUGUUUAUGUGUGUCCCCAGAUAUAUGUGCUAUACUGUAUUGCCAAAAAUAUUUUUCAUUGUUUCAUCAUGUGAUGAUUUCAUAAUACACAUAACAGUAAAUAUCAUGUUUGCUAUUUUUAAACAGUUCAAUAUCAAAUGAGUAUUAUAUGCCAUUAUAGCUAAGACAUCGAAAUCAAUCAUUCACUACCAAACCUUUUAGUGUAAUCGAAGUUCUUUUUAAGUGACUACUUUAUAACUAUUGAUGCCUGAGAACAAUUAUGCAUUUAUCAAUGGUUUUCCUUUUUAAUAUGUAUACAGGUUAGAAUAGACAUUUGUUUCUACCCUUUUAGAUAGUUUCAUACUACUCAUUGUUGGGGCAAUGUAAAGCUUAAUGUUCGUUAUGAGCUAAGGCCCCGUGUUAAAGACCGUACUUUGACCUAUAAUGGUUUACUUUUGUGACUUGGAUGGAGAGUUAUCUCAUUGGCACUCAUACCACAUCUUUUUAUAUCUAUCAAAUUCCGAAUGUAGAUCUAUCAUAGAAACAACGAGUGUAUUCUGAUAAUAACUAUAAGUUAGCUAUCAGUUUUUCUAAAUUACAUAAAUUUGUAGAAAAAUAUGUUUCACAACUAAUUUUUGGCUUUGUGUCAUUAGGGUUCUGUCUCGUUUGCGUUAAACUAGACCCCACAUUGUCUUUAAAUAGUAUCUACCAUCUAGAAAGACUCGUUUGCGUGCUUUGAAAUUUAUCAAGAAAACAUUCUUGGCAACAACAAAAAAGAACACAACUCUAACUGACUAGAGAUAUUCAACAGUAUAUGUAAUUAGUUUUACUCCUUGUCUCAUGUGUAAAGAAAGUUUAGGAAUUGGGUGGGUUUUAUUUUUCAAUUUCUAAGUCUUCAUAUGUUGAAAGUUGCGUCAAGUCUACACAUAUCUAUAAUUUAAGUUUGUACCGUUUAUUAUUGUAGAUAUUUCCAUAGUAGAUAACUAUGUCAUCUUGAUUUUUAAGCUUUAAAAGUUGAUAGACAAUGCAUGUUACUUCAGGGGAUGUAUUGAACUUUUUUUAAAUAUCGAACAUGUAACACAAUAUCAAACGUAUGCAAUGCAUUUCUGUUCUGACGUGAAGCAAACGAAACUACAAAUGCAUAAAGAUAUCGAACAAGUGAACUAGAAAAAAAAGCGUAAUCUGCAAAAUAAAUUGUUCUUCACGCUGUUUAAGUCGUCAAUAAGUUACAAUGAAUUUUGUUUGGCUAUAGAUAUCGGUUAAUGUCUUAUAAAACGCUAUAAAAACAUUAAAAUGCUUUUAGUCUGAUUCUUUACAACAAUGUUUUCAUUUGGGUUUGAUCGACAAACAUGGAGAGAAAUAUGCAGAAUAUGAGAUACUUUUUUGUUUUCAAUUUUUAAUGAUUAUUUAAAGCGUUAAUUUUAUCUAAUAUUCAAUUGGAUUUUAAAAACAUUAACUCGUUUGUUUGACGUUUUCGAUGUUUUGGUACGCUUUUUCUACUUCUUCAAAUUAUUUGUUCUCUUUUAUAUCCAAACACUUUUUGUUGUCUUAAACAUUCCAGAAUCCUAACUAGUUACACCAAACUCUUAAUUACGGACUUUCAUUCACUAGUUUGAUGGGGGGGGGGGGGGGGGGGGGGGGGUGCCAGUGAAUUUUGGAAAUAAAUAUGGUAAAAAUUGCCCAACAAUAUCCUGGAUUAAAUUAUGUACAAAAGUGAAAUCCAUUUUCGCUAGAAAUAAUAAAGUCAGAGCAGCAACCUAUCAAUAUGAAUAUUCCGUCCAUAAGAAAUCCUUCAGGUCCGUCAAGAAAGCAAUUUGCUGUCCUCUCACAGAAUAAUUCAUGCAUAUUUGUAGUAAAACAUUAUUACCAAAAAAAUAUAUAAGAAAAAAUAGUAAUUCUUUUCUUUUUUUUGCCAGAGUUAAUUGUUAUCGGUACGGUGUCCUUUGUUACAAUGAUAAGUUUUAUAUGUGGUUGAGACUUCAUCCCCAUUAUUCGGGAAUAUUAAGUAAAAAUCACAUAGGUGGUGUAUCUGAAAAAUCCUCAAAAUGAAGAUGAAUAUUUUCUUAUAUUUUACUAUUGUAAUAAACCAAUACGAUUUUUCAACUGUUUGUAAAUUUCAAAAAGGGUAAAAUCAAUGUACAGAUUGGUUGUUUUCGGCACAGAUGUAAUGCAUUGACUGUUUGAGAAUAUAUAAUAUGUAAAAAAAAAAAUAGAGAUUGACCGUCUUCGUUUCAACAGCAUUAUAACUGAAGGGCAUAACAAAACAUUUUGAUUAGUGCAAUUGGCAUUUAAUUCAAUUGUCUCCUUUCUGGUGUCGUUUAUUUUUUUCCAUCUUGAUUGUUGUUUUUUGUUAAACUUUUAUAUAUCAUUCCCCAAGAGUUUAUAUUUAUGUCCGCUUUAUUUAUAGAUCUUUGCGUUAUAUGUAUUGUUUAUAGUUGUUUGAUUAUUUUAUUAGCAAAUAUUAUUUAUACAGCUGUUUAGUUUUUUGUCAGUAUUUUAUUGUUAGAUUUUUAUAUAUAUAACAGUUGAAUUAUUGCUCUGUGAUUAGUUCAUUUUAUUGAUACAUCUAAUAGAGGCUACUGGUUUAUAUGUACCCGAAAAUGUAAUGGUCGAAUCAUGAUUGGCAUAUGUUUUUGUGGCGACACAAAAUAAAAGAUAUGGUUUCUGUACCAUGUGAGCAUGCAAUAUAUAUCUUACAAAGAAAAAUCAUAAUAUAGACAUUUACCAAUGCACACAUCGUAAGAAAUUCCGAUAAUAAUAUAGUUUACAAAACCAUGAAAUUCAAAACCACGAGCAUACAAGUUUGCUUUUAUCCAAGAAAUUUGGUACACACAAAAAUAAAUGAGUCCACAGUAUUAAAUUAUAUUUCAGAUAAUUCUCAAUCAUUUGCGCCGACAUCAUAUGCACAAAUUUUGCUUUAAAAAAAUAAUGUAAAUUAUAUUUUAUCAGGUUUUUUUUUGUAAACCAAAAUUUAGUAAUAUGUUAAAACGCCCCGUUUAGUAGAUAUGAUGAUUUCAGAAUAACCAAGCCGCAAGCGAGACAAAAUUAAGAGUCAUUUUAGACUUUGCAAUAAAACACUUUUGAAAGUGACUUACUAAUUAAAUUAUAAUAUUGAAUUUAUUUUCCAUUUUCUUUAUGCCGGUUGUAAGCUUAUAUAACUUUGUCUUAUAUAACAUAAAGGUAACUUUUCGGGUAAUUAAACUUCCGUACUGAUUGGUGCGGUCAUAACCUGACAGCUUAGAAUGUCACUCUAUAUAUUUGGACCAAACAACGCGAGAGAAAAAAGUUCAAUUGCUGACCAGACCUUAAUAUGCUUAAGGCCAAGGACCAGUCUGCUUUAAAAUUCAACUUGUGCAGCUUUUGACUUAGUCAGAUCAGUAAAAAUGUCUGGUCAUCAAGUUAACUUUCUAUACAGGUUAUGACUGCAUCCAUCUGUAUAUGUAUAGUUGAAUAUUAACAUUGUCGUUUCAGAAUAUAAAGGGCUAAUUUCAUUAUUCGUACCCCAAAAUAAAAAUAACGUCGAGACAUUGGUUAAAUUUAAAUUGUUUUUGAUGUUUUCAACCAAUCGCGACGUUUUGGUGUACACGUAUUACCCAGAAUGAAUUAGAUUCUGCAAUGGCGAAUUAUAGCAAGACCUGAUCCGAAUCUGUGAUAGUUCUAUAUAUGAUUUAUUGUAUUUUCUGUACAUUGUAUAUAGACUUAAGUUUUUAUUGUAAAAUAUGCGCAAAAAAGGAAAAUCAAAAGUUAAAAAACUUUCAACUUAUCAUGUUUUGUAUGGACAGUAGCUAACUUUGUCCGAUUAAGAUCAAGUCUACAAAAUUAAUUGUUCAUGUAACCGACUUUUGAAUCUGGAGUUUAUAUUUUUAGACCGGUACCCUCUCUGUGGUAGGACUCCUUUGUACACGGUCAAGUAAUAGCAACUCAAAAAAGUUCAAUCGAGCUUUUGAUUGGAACAAUUCAGAUGGUCAAUUAACUAUUUUAUGUUUUCUAUUCACGACAUAACCUUUAGAAAACAGUCAACUUCCCCCAAAAACUCAUCAAUUAUAUGUUUGCAUUUCCUUAUUCGGGGGUUAUCUUACAUGACUAAUUACUAUGCAGUCCAAACACCAUCUUUGAAAAUUAGAAAAUCCGGAGUUAAAAGUUGGUAGUCUUUUAAGCAAAGGGAAACAAUUUGAAUUAAUGUGUGUAAUAACAGUGUUAAUUUGGUAAUUGACAAAUACACUAUAGCCAAUAUUCAACUAUAAAAAAAAUGUACACAACACAAUGGAAAGAAUUUGUGUUCUUGUGUGUAAUUACAGUAUCAAAUCUAAAAUUGAUAAAAACAGCCAAUAAAAGAUAUACACAAUGUGUUUACCAAAUUGAAUAUGAUAUCUUGUCCAUGCAACAUCUUUUUCAAGAAACAUUAAUAGCCUCUUUCGUUUAUUUAUGUGUGCAACUUAAGUUAAUUUUAUUUACAUCAUGCAUGUACAUGUCUUAAAAAAAAUGCUCUAUAAAAAAUAAUAUUGUGUUUAUUAUCAUACGUAAUGUAUGUUUUGUUUUGAUGUGGGAGUUGUUAACUAAAUACUACAGAUAUCAUUUGAAGCUUUUGAGUGAUAAGAUAUGAUAAUAUAUUUCAUCUUAAAACAAAUUUCGUUUCAUCUAGAAGGGAAACAUUUUAUCAUUCUGUAAAGGUUUCACACUGCAUAUAGAUUGUUAAUUAUAUUUGUUCAAGCAACGCAGAGAAAAAUACAAGUGUUCAUAAACUUCGGCAAAAUAAAUAUAGGUAACAAAAAAUAUACAUUUGAAAAUAUUAUAAUCCACUCCCCAUUUUGAUCCUCAAUCUUCCUGAAGAACAUAUUGUAAUUAGUAACACAUUUGUUUGAAAAUCUUCACGUGUGUAUUUUUUUUACUUGCAUAAAGUAAUUCUGAUCUCAAAGAAAACAGUAAAUGAUUCAUAAUUGUAAAUAUAUCAUUUAAAUGUAUACUACUAUCUUCUAAAAGUAAGGACUUUUCUUCAUAAAAAAAAAUAACCUUUUUUUAAAUUACUCUAAAUUACUUUCAGAGGUGUCAGUAUAACUCUCCUGUUUGUUUCAGAAGAAGUCUUAAAAAGAUAUGUUGUAAUCAAAUUCGUGUACACUUCAAUGGAAAAAUUACUCUAUUGACUAUACAUGCAUUGUAUGUGCCAGACGUCCUCCAUAUACCGUUUCAAGGUUCUAGUGUAAUACAUGAAAUACUACAUGAGUUACUCUGUAUAUGUUUAACUAAACAGUCAGUUCCUUUAUUUGAAUUUCAAAAGAUGCACUUUUGUUUAUAUUCUUUUCUUUUUUUCAAAUUCGAAAUUGCUUGUCUUUGUCAUCAUUUGUAGAUUAGCAAAUAUACUAAAAUAAUUUUGAUUUGUUUUUUACUUACUGCGGAAUGACUAUAUCGAGUGUGUUUCAAAGCUGUAGAUACAAUGCCAAAAGUUUAUGAUUGUGUUGAAAUAUUUUUAGACUUAAUAUACAUUCACAUGUAGACUAUGCAAUAUGGUGUAAAUAUUAAUUAUCAAUAUUUAUUCAUUAUUUUUUCAAUCAUAAUGUAAAUACAAUUCAUUUAUUUUGUAA